AUGCCCACCACCGUCCACGCCUACGCCGCCCCCGAAGCCGGCGCGCCGUUCGAGACGUUCGAGUACGACCUGCCCGAUCUCGGGCCGCACGAUGUCGACAUCGCGGUCGAGCACUGCGGGAUCUGCCACUCGGACCUGAGCAUGCAGCAGAACGAGUGGGGAUUGACGGCGUACCCGUUCGUGCCGGGGCACGAGGUGGCGGGGCGGAUCAAGUCGGUGGGCGAGCACGUGAAGCACCUCAAGGCCGGCGACCGCGUCGGGCUCGGGUGGCACUCGGCGUACUGCAUGACGUGCGACUCGUGCAUGGGCGGGCACCACAACAUGUGCUCGGACUACGAGCAGACGAUCGUGGGUCGUCACGGCGGCUUCGCCGAUCUCGUGCGCGCGAAGGCGGAGGCGGUGUUCAAGGUCCCGGACGAGCUGGACCUGAAAGAGACCGGGCCGCUCCUGUGCGGCGGGAUCACGGUGUUCAACCCGAUGGUGCAGUUCGGCGUGCGACCGACGGACUCGGUCGCGGUGGUCGGCAUCGGCGGGCUCGGGCACCUCGCGCUGAAAUUCGCGAACGCGUGGGGGUGCCACGUCACGGCCUUCACCUCCGAGAGCAAGAUGCAGGAGGCGAAGGACCUGGGCGCGCACGAGACGAUCGACUCACGCGACCCGAACGGCGUGAAGUCCUGCGAGGGCCGCUUCGACUACAUCGUCUCGACGGUGAACGUGAAGCUGGACUGGAACGCGUACAUCAAGGCGCUGUCGGCGCGGGGGCGGAUGCACUACGUCGGGGCGGUGAUGGAGCCGCUCGAUCUGGAGGUCUUCCCGCUCAUCUUCGGGCAGAAGCAGGUCUCCGGAUCGCCCGUCGGCAGCCCGAGCACGAUCAACACGAUGCUCCGCUUCGCGGCACGCCACGGGAUCGGCGCGACGACGGAGCACUUCAAGAUGAGCGACGUGAACGACGCGAUGGAGCACCUGGAGUCGGGGAAGGCGCGGUACCGGGUUGUGCUGGAUGUUUGA